CUCUCUGUUUCUGUCUGUAUGUCUGUCUGUCUGUCUCUCUGUCUGUCUGUCUGUCGCUCUCUCUGUCGCUCUCUCUGUCUGUCUGUCUGUCUCUCUCUCUGUCUGUCUGUCUGUCGCUCUCUCUGUCUGUCUGUCUGUCUCUCUCUCUCUGUCUGUCUGUCUGUCGCUCUCUCUCUCUCUCUCUCAUUCUCUGACUGUCGUCUCAUCUGGUGUGUGCGUUUUGCUCCAUCGGUGUCAUGGCCAACCGUCUGUUUGAAAGCAGGGAGCACGCGGCGGACUACUGGAAGUACAGGCUCUGCCCCUCGGAUCGUCUCAUUCAACGUAUGAUCGACUUCCUCGACACUCGGAAAGGCCGCCCCUUCGACCUGGCGCUGGACGUGGGCUGCGGUUCGGGACAGGGCUCGGUGCUGCUCGCCAAACACUUCACGUCCGUGGUGGCGACGGACGUGAGUCGUGCCCAGCUGGAGGAGGCUCUGCUGCACGCGAACCGGCCCAACAUCACGUACAAACAGUGUGCGGCCGAAGAGCUGCCGCUGGACGACGGCUCGGUGGACCUGGUGGCGGCCAUGUCGGCCUUCCACUGGUUUGACCGGCCGCGCUUCCUCCGGGAGGCCCACAGGGUCCUGAAGCCCCGCGGCUGCUUGGCGCUGCUCAACUACACCAUCGACAUGGAGCUGAGCCACCCCGGCUGCUGCCCGGCAGCGCUGAACCGGGCCUGCAAGGAGUUUUAUGAAGCCCUGCAUCCGUACCGCAGCCCCUGCCUCGGCCCCAGCUCCAUGGACUUCUACCGCGAGGCCUCUCAAUCCAUCCCUUACCCCGACAAGGAGUGGCAGGAGUGCGUGUGGGUGAAACAGUCCAUGCCUCUGUCCAGCUUCAUAGGUUUGCUGCAGUCUUUCUCUCAUUAUCAGAUUCUGUUGAGAGAGGACCCUCAGAAGGCCGACGGGCUCUCGCAGGCCUUCUGUGAAAGGUUGAUGUCAAUAAUGCGCGUGACCUCUGCAGAGACCGAGGUGGAGGUGGCUGUGAAGUAUUACUACCUGCUGGCCUGCAAACCACAGGACGUCUGAUUCCUGUGGACCGAGUCAAAGACGUACUGUAGAGCACUGAAGAUCUUAUGUAACGUAUAUGAGAGCAAUAGUUUAACAUUUAGGGAACACGUUAAGAAAGAAGGUAGUUGAAUGAUAUGUCCUUCAUGGCUGUGACCUAAUGUGUCCUGUGAAGGAAUCCUUAUAUUUAGAAGUGAUUAAAUUACUGAGUAAUUCUAGAACAGAGUCUAACUAAGCUGUGUGUUCUAUUACUUGCAAUUAUAUUGCACAAGACAGUAAAUGUUAGAGACAAAUAACACCUGAUGAAAGCAGAUGAAGUCUUUAAUUGUAGAAUUGUCAUACUUGUGUUGUUCAUAUUAAAACAAGACAUAAAUUGACACUAUAA